GUCGAUGUUUGGCCACCUCUAGUGCAGUGCAUCAAAAAAGUUUUUAGUUUUAAUUUUCAAAAAAAGCAAGCUAAACUUCAUUUUAUUGUGGUACACGGCGUAAUCCGACGGAAGCAAGCCCGGAAACGAAAAGGAAGACGGACAGGAUCGGUAUGAUGAGUGGCAAGGCGGGCGGGGUGGUGGUGCUCAACUGCCGGACAUGCACGCGUGCCUGCAAGCAGCACAAGCCGCUGCAGGAGGAGAUCGAGCUGGGCCCGGAGGGCAGCACCACGCUGGCCAGCAUGCUCCACUACUGCGCCGGGCUCUCCUUCGAGCCGCAGGACGGCGCCGCCAUGCCGCAGCACAUCUGCCUCAACUGCCUGCAGCUCCUGGAGCAGGCGUUCAACUUUAAGCGCAUGGUGAUCGAUUCGGACGAGCUGCUCCGCCUGGGACUGGACGAGGCGCAUGGCCACCACCAGCAGCAGCCGCAGCAGCAGCAGCACCACCACCACCACCAGCAGAAUCAGCAGCACCACCACCCGCAUCAGCAGCAACAUCAACAACUGCAGUCCGCCGAUCCCAGCGAGGAAUACGUCAUGAUCGAGAUGCUCAACGAGGAGCAGGAGUCAUGCACUGUGGAGGAACAAGACGCGGAGGCGGAACGUCAUCCGCACUCGCACUCGAACCACGAGGACGACGAAGAGUUCGUCAUCGAGGAAGUGGCCGAACAGGAGGAGGAGCUGACGGAGGAGGAGAACCACCAGCACACGCUGGUGGGCAACCAGGAGGAGCACAUCACCAUGGAGAGUGUGCACGAGUUCCAGCCCGCCGAGGUGGAGUACGUGACGAUUAAGGACGAAUACGAAACGAUUGUCACCGAGGAGGACGAGAUCGAGGUGAUGGACGAGUCAGGCGCACACGGCGAGAUAAUCGAGGGCCAGCUGAUUGUGAUACCGGCGGAGGGAGCCAUGGACGAGGUGAUCGGCGAGGAGGCUCUCGAACUGGACGAGGACGAGCGCGAGGAGCAUUUGCUGGCCGAAACGGAGGAUGUCUGCGAGGAGGAGGACUUCCUGGAGGAGUCGCUGGACUCCACGCAACUGACCGCCGGCGAUGCCCUGCCGCACGUGUGCACCGUGUGCCAGAAGGCGUUCCGCCAGCAGUGCCGCCUCAACCAGCACAUGCGCUCCCACGUGGACGAGAAGCACUACGAGUGCGGGGAGUGCGGCAAGCGGCUGAAGCACCUGCGCAACUACAAGGAGCACAUGCUGACCCACACCAACGUCAAGCCGCACCAGUGCAACGUCUGCGCCCGCUUCUACCGCACCACCUCCAGUCUGGCGGCGCACAAGCGCACGCACGCGGAGGAGAAGCCCUACAAUUGCGAUCAGUGCGGGCGGGGCUAUGCGGCCUACGAUCACCUGCGGCGCCACAAGCUGACGCACACGGGCGAGCGACCCUACGCCUGCGACCUGUGCGACAAGGCGUACUACGAUUCGUCCUCGCUGCGCCAGCACAAGAUCAGCCACACCGGCGAGAAGGCCUUCACCUGCGAGAUCUGCGGCGUGGGCCUGUCCCAGAAGUCGGGCUACAAGAAGCACAUGCUGGUCCACUCCGGCGCCAAGCCGCACAAGUGCCACAUCUGCGGCCGGGCCUUCACCUUCACCAGCAACCUCAAUGCCCACGUCCGCCUGCAUUCCGGCGAAAAGCCGUUCAAGUGCGACGUCUGCCUGAAGGCCUUUCCCACCAAGAAGCGUCUGAACAGCCACCUGCGGGUCCACAACAAGGAGACGCCAGUGAUGGCCACCUCCACCGCCAGCGGCAUCGAUCAUCGCCGGCGCGCCGCUCCAACCGGAGCAGCCGGCGGCGGAGCAGCGACUGGCCACCACCUGACCGAAGUACCUGAGCAGCCGGUGUCCACCUCCAAAGUGGUGGUGGUGCUCUAUGGAGAAACGGAGAAACUCACUUUUCAGGAAGGCAAUGAGGUCCAGCAGUUGGCCAUCGUCGUCGUUGCCAUGCCAGCGGGCCAGACCGAAUGUGUUGUCCGGAUGCAUUUUGGUGGCAUUCGCAUCCCAGUUGUCCAGGUUCUUCACAUGAUGCCCGUCCACAAAGUGCGUGGCAUCCCUGACCAGGCGGUACAUGAUGUACCCGUUGGGAUCCAGGGCGUCCAGAAUGGGGAACACGGUCAUGCCCUGUUCGGCAGUGAAGACAACGAUCUCGAACUCCUUGGCGCACUCGGCCAGAAAGUGAUCGACGCCCGGGCGCUUCUUGAAGCGCCAGCCGGUCUGGUACGUCCAGUCCGGGUGCACCAGCACAUCCUUCAUCUCCAGGACGAGCGUGUAGCGCGGCUGCACAUACGGCGGCUUGAGCGGAUCGGGCAGCAGCUUGGCCCGCGACGGCUCCUGGAUCAUGCGCUGGUAGUAGUGGAUGCUCUUCCACAUGCGCUGCACAUACUGCUGCACCAGCGGCUUGUGUGUGAACUCGUCCUCGAUGGUCUGCCCGUUGGGAUCCACCUCGGGCUUCCCGAACUCGUAGACGGCCCACAGGCCAGCGACCACGCCGCCGCCGCCAAAGAUUGCGAAGCUGCCGGAGAAGGGGUUUCAAUUUUGGUCCUGGCGAGAACCUACCCCAGCUUCAUGCGCUUCCAGGCGCGCUCAUUCUCCUUGGCCUCCUCCUCCUCGCGCUUCUGGCGCUCCUGCUCGGCGGUACUGUCCACCUCCGGAGCGGUCUGGGGAAACAGUUUGGCCAGCAGCGGGGCAUUUGCGGCGGUCUUACCAAGGGCAGCCAUGUCGCUGGAUGACUCGAUGGAGCUGCUGGGCAGUCCCUUGCCAAGUCGUCCCCAAUCCCCAAUGGACGCCCUGUGCCGCGUUUGCCACAUUUCAUCACCACUCUGUUUGCCCCUUUUCAAGCCACUUGAUAAUUUGGUUUCCGGAAGACUAACAACUUUGGCCAACAUAUUGAAGUUCUGCACCGGCCUGGAGGUCUUGGAGACGGAGCUCUUCCUGCCCCACCACAUUUGCCCGAGAUGCGUGGAAACAUUAUGGCUGGCGGUGGAUUUCAAGCGGAGGGUCCACCAGAUGGACAAACUUCUAAGACAAAGUCAUUUGGAGUUUUGCCGCAACCAAAGAAACAAUGAACCGAAUACCAAGGCUGGGAAGUCGCCUCAAAUCAACGAGGACCUUAUCUUUGACCUAGAUGACCAGGAAAUGGCAGACGAUCCCCAGCAGGAGCUGAAAAAUCAAGAGGAAUCUAGCCCAAACGAGGAGGAACACCUGAACUUGGAGGCAGAUCAGGAGAUGGAGCUUAUUCUGCAGGAAGAGAGGCUGGAUCUGGAGUUGGAGGCCCAGGAGGCAAUCGCAGAGAUGGAGCAGCAUCACACCAUUGAAGUGCUGCGACUGGGAGGCAAAACCAAGGAAGUUCAGCCAGCUAAAACUCCCAAUCCCUUGCUUAAGUGUGCGGUCGGUCGCAAGCAGCUAAGCAGCAACAGAACCUUCAAGUCCCAUUUAAGGCUCCAUUGCCCGCAAAGCGUUGGAGAAACCCUCCAAAUAGAGCCCCUUUUGCAGGCCAAAGCUGGUGAAGAUCUCUAUGAAAUUGUGGAUGAGCCGGUGCAAUCUGUAGUGAAGGCGUUAGCCACCAACGGAAAGCGAGCGAACUGUCCUAAUCCCGCGCUACAGUGUCCGGUCUGUGGCAAGCAACUGAGCAGCAACCGGAAUUUCAAGAACCAUGUAAAACUCCAUGGUCCGUUUAACAAUGGACAAGAAAACAGCCCUCAAGAGUCCCAGUUGCAGGCCAAAGCUGGCGACGAUCUCUACCAGAUUGUGGAGGAGCCAGAGGAGCAACCACUGGCGAUGCAGAAGCUUUUGGCCAGCAGGAGCCGGCAAGGGAAACCCCAUAAUCCCUCGCUGCAGUGUCAGAUUUGCGGCAAGCAACUGAGCACCAACAACUCGUUCAAGUACCACAUGCAGCUGCAUGGCACGGCCACGCCGUACGCCUGCAAGAUAUGCGGCAAGUCCUUCAAGACGCGCAACGCCCACGACGGCCAUGUAACGCUGCACAAUGCGAACAAUCCGAACAGGUGCCCCACCUGCUCCAAGGUCUACCGGCAGGCCUCCUCGCUGCGCACCCAUUUGCUGAUCCACAGCGGCAUCAAGCCGUUCGAGUGCAGCCUCUGUGGCAAGCGGCUGACCCAAAAGUCCGGCUACAAGAAGCACAUGCUCACCCACACGGGCGAGAAGCCGCACGGCUGCGACAUCUGCGGCCGCAGUUUCCGGUACUCGAGCAACCUGAUUGCCCACAAGCGGUGCCACAGCCAGGAGAAGCCCCACCACUGCCAGGUGUGCCAGAAGCGCAGCUUCGGCAGUCGCUCCGAGCUGAACCGCCACAUGCUGGUCCACAGCAGCGAUCGGCCGUUCGGCUGCGACGAGUGCGGUAAGUCCUUCAAGCGGCAGGUCUCCCUCGGCAUCCACCUGCAGUCGCACAAGGAGGGCAGGAAGCGGAAGAAGGACGAUCUGAACAUGCAUCUGGACAGCCACGAAGAGACCUGAUCCUUAGACCUAGACUUUACCUCGUACAUCUCCUUAUAUGCAGAAUGGUUAAUUAGUUAAUAGUUACUUUAUUAGUUGCAUCUUACUGAAACACAGAGGAUUAUAUUAUUAUUUAAUUUCUUUUGGAUUAUUCCCUGUCCAUUUAAUAGUCUGUUUUACAGUCAAAUAACCAACAAUCGAAUUCCCCUUCCUUAUUUAAACCAUAAAUAUUCUUAGUUCUUAGUUCAGUAUAUAUCUCUAUACUUCUUCAUAAACAGAAUAGUUAUUAGGUCAUAGUUACUUUUUAAUUUGUUAUAACUAUGUUUAAUAUUCGACACCAAAAAGCUGGUUGCUUGCUGAAAAACUGUAGAUGCUUAAUGUUUGUUCUUAAUUUUCAAUAAGAAUUAAUUAUUUUGGAUUAUUCCCAGUUCACUUAAGUCACUUUUAAAGUAAAAUAACCAAGAAGUAAACGAAAUUCACUUGCUUCUCUAAAGCAUAAAUAAUUUAGUAUUUAAUUUUGUGUAUAUUUGAAUAUCUCUUCAUAUAGAAAAUUAUUAUUUAGUUUAUAUUUUUAAAAUGCGACACCAAAAAACAGUAUGUUAUAUGUUAAAUUAUUUAAUUUCUUUUAAUUAUUCCCCGUCCAUUUAAAAGUCACCAACAAUUAUUUGAAUUCCCCUUGCUUCAUUAAACCAUAGAAAAGAGAGAAUAAAAAGUCAAGUUUUUAGUUUAGUUUGCUUUUAUUUUCGGUAUUUGCCUUUGUAUAAUAACAAGUUUUGAGUGUUACUGUCACAAAAUACGCUCUAGGAUUAAAUGUUGUUCCUCUGCUCUCAACUUAA